CGCGAACGUUUCUGAUGACUUGUUGAAUUUAUUCAGUAAACAUCAGAUCGCGCGGCAAUCGAUAUCUAUCAUGGAUAUGAAGAAAUGGGCAGAAACAAGGGCCGAGCGAACAUGCCGUUUCUGCAACAAAGUAUUCUGUUGUGUAAAAUGUCGCAAUCGUCAUACAAGUAAGGAACAUCCCGAUUUGAACAUCAAUUGUUCACUAUGCGCUUCUAAAACUCUGCCAAUGCGACAGUUCGAAUUUGAAAAAUUAGAUCUAGAGGAUAAGAAAUUGUUGUGUCAUAUAGUUGAAAAGCACUUGCCGUUACGUUGCCAGCUGUGCAGUGACUUAUUCGAGUCAUUAGAAGAUUUGCAAUCCAUCGGCGCAUGCAAGUGGAAGUCUCAACAUUGGUCUUUCAUAUCGCCGACGGGUUUCCAACUUCAGAAGUCGAAUCAGUGUCUGUUGAGCGACAUUGACGAUAGCAGAUUUAUCACACCAUCCGAAAUCCUUCGGAAAACAAGUACGCCGAUGCUUGUCGGGCAAAAGACCAGUUUUGAAUAUCAUACACCUUGCGUGCCAAACUUCAGCUUGAAAACGCCGAAAUCAAAUUCGCUAUCGAUCACGCAGAGUAACGCGAAGUCGUCCUCGCAGCACAUUAACACCGGCGACACAGAUUUCUUCAGCGCAAUUGAUAAUAUAACGCCUAUUUUGAUCAGCAAGAGCGAGUUUUCCAAUUCCGUCAAAAACCUGGACAUCAUGGAGGAACAAAAUGAGGACGUGAAUAAAAUAAAUACGAAGAUAGUUGCAGAUGAGAACCGAGUGUCUUCCACUAUAAAUACGGAUCUGACGUGCUCGAAUGUUGAUGUUGUUUUGCAAGACUCGCUGGCGUCAGAUGUCACUCGCGAAAGAUUGUGCAGAGCGCUGGAUGUCGUAAAGAAAGUGAGGUUUUCCGAUCAGUUUAACUCCCUUACGGAAAUGGAAAGUCUGAAGGAGUCUCAUAUGAGGGAUACAUCGAUGGAAGAAGAGUUUUACGACGCUCAUGAUAUCAAUAUACGAAACACGAAAAAUACAGAGAAAGAUAAAGAAGAAACUACAGAAAGUGCGAAGACUAUAGAGGAUAAACAAAAUACAGAGAAUACAAAAAACAGUCACGAACAGAGAAAGUGUUCUUUACUAGAACAACCGUUGGAAAACUCUUCAGCUAAUUCAAAUAUUAAAAUUAUUUUGAACAACACAUCGAACACGCAGAAAGAUGAUCAGAUUUUUGACAAUACCACAAAAACGCAAAAAGAAAACCAAAAUCCUAAUAAGAAAAUCAGCACUAGUGACUCAUCAGUUACGAAUCAGCAAAGUUCCAACAGGAUGCUGAUGAUGGUAGUAAUGGAGAACAACUCAGGAAUGUUGAGCACCGAUCUCGUGCCUUUGAUUAGUUCAAGUCUGCAGAAGCUGCAUGAGCAGCUUGCAUCAACAAGUUGUCAGUCAUGUCCGAGUGUGACUGAAUCUUUAGACAGUGGUAAUGUACGUAGAAGAUCUAUCUUGAAAAUGGAAAUGAGCGUCUCAACUGUCGAUACUUAUUUAGUAAACAAAGAGAAACUUACGACUCAUCAAGAAGUUCUGUCGUCUUCGUCGUUACCUGUGCAGAAAUGUGAAAGUAACAACAAUGGUGGAUUUUUGACAGCUGUCGCGCAAGCUAUGAAACACGCCUUCAAGAGUUUUUCUAUUUUGAGCAAUCCGACAAGAAGAAGUAUUCGAGGAACCGAAGUAGUCGAGCAACAAAAGAUUAUUACGAAAUCGACAACUUCACAGGAAGUGACUGACGAUCAAGUCUCUACAUCCUCCGUCAACAACCAGACGCGUCCUGGUAAACGAAACCGCGAAGUCAGCGAACCAACCACAAGAAUGGAUUCCAGAACUCCUCUAGCAAAACGUCACAAAGCGUGGUACACGAUGAUCAAAGGACGUCAGCCGAUUGACAGAAUGCGGGAGAGUCGUGUGUCAAAAUCGCCCAGAGGAGUAUCUACAGAAACGCAAGUUUUUAGUCAAGGUUCUUUAACAGUACGCGACACAAUUAUUCCGCUUCCUACUAGAGCUCAUCAGUCUUCGCAAACUGAAUAAACAAUUCAGUUUUCUAUACAAAUAUAAAACAUAUUGCGUAAACAAAGUAACUGAAUUUUUAAAAAUUGAUAAAAUUUAUUCGGAGAAUUACAUGUAUGUCUAAAACUUAUAUCUAUAGAAUGUUUCACUGGAAGAUUUUAAUGACAAAUUCUUUGAAAUAUUCUAAAGUUCGUAUCAAAGAUUACGGAUUAGGAUUGAGAGAUAAGCAAUUAAAAAUCAUCAAUUACAGCGUAAAACUAGCACUUAAAAUAUCUUUUGGUGGUUUAGAAACACCUUGUAUAAACGUAUAAAGUAAAAUGUUUAAAUGUUAAGUUAUGCGUGUGUGUGAGUAUGCGUGCGAACUUAUUGGAGACUGAUAAAUACUCGAAUCACAUUUUUGCAGUUUUUUGUUUCUAUGUAAAAAUAUUAACUAUUAUUGUAAUCGUUACAACUUGAUCUUGUUACUUGAUCUUGUUACUUUUCUUCUUCUAUAUAUUUCUAUCGUAAAUUUUGUAAUAAAGAAACUUUCGU